AUGAGCGCCGUGACCAUCACGCAAGUCAAGGUGCUCGACAACCCCGGGCCGUUCCUCUCGCCGCUCCGCCUCGAGAUCUCCUACGACUGCAUCCGGCCGUUGGAGGACGAUUUGGAGUGGUCGAUAGUGUAUGUGGGGUCAGCCAACGACCCGGCGUAUGAUCAGGUGCUGGAGAGCGUUUUGGUCGGCCCAGUCAACGUUGGCAGCUUCAGGUUCAUCCUCGAAGCAGACCCACCCGAAGUGUCCAAAAUCGCGGAGGGCGAGAUCCUAGGAGUCACCGUUCUGCUGCUCACAUGCGCAUACCGAGAGCAGAAGUUUAUCCAAGUCGGGUACUAUGUCAAUAACGAGUACGUGGACGAGGCGCUGCAGCAGGAACCCCCUCCCAAGGUCGUGUUCGAUAAGCUAUCGCGCAACAUUUGGGCUGAGAAGCCCAGAGUGACCAAAUUUGCCAUCAAUUGGGACCCAGUGGGAGGGUCGGGGUAUGAGGGAGGGUCAGGGCAUGUGGGAGACGCGAUGAUGGAGGAUGGAGGUCAAGGGGUAGGGUAUGAUGGGGAAGGCGAGCAUCGGAGCUUUGGUAUUGGAUCGGAGCCUGCCCCUUGGGUUCCAGUUGAAUCAGUUGACACUGCAGCAGCGCACACAGGAGAUGCAACAGUUACCGAUGCAGUUGUUACUGGGGCAGUGGCCGGUUUAAGUGCCGGAGAUGGAGCAGGAAGUCUGGAAUUAGUGAGUGGUGCAGGGAGCACAAAAGCCACAGAAGCCACAGAGGGUGCAGAGGUUAUAGAGGCUACAGAGGUAACAGCAGCCGAGGCUGCAGCUGUGGGCCGGACUGAGAUGGAUGUAGCCUCGGAACCAGCAUGUGGUGCAGCUCAUGUCUCUGGUGUUGAAGGUCAAGACAAUGGCGUGUGUGCGUCGGCUAUGCAAGAUAGGGAUGCAGAGGCUCUGUUUCAAGGCAGCCUGAGGGUGCAAGAGAGCUGCUGA